GUCAAAGCAACCCUGGCUUUAAUGUAUCGUAAAGUAUAUAACUAUAUACAUACAUAAUGUUAAUAUUAAGUCACGUGUGAUGAAAGAUGGAGGAAAACAAAUUUAAGCACUCUAUAAAAGUACCAACGCAAUAUAAGCGUGUUGCUGCAGUUUUAACGGCGGCAUUGGAACGAAAAAAAUCGCUCAAGUCGUUAAUAUUUGAAGAAAAACAUGCACGUUUGCAGGGGAUGCAAGCGAUUUUGAAGCAAUACAUAGACAACCGAGAAGUCAUUGAUAAAGCAAUUUCACAUACGAAGAUUUUGGAAGAAAACCCACGCUUAAAUUCUGCUCUUUGUAAGAUCCUUGUGACGGAGCUUAUAUUUGGACGGAGAAAAUUGACUGGAGAAAGUAAACCUGUAGUAACAGUUAGCCAAUAUCGCGAAAAGCUUGAAGCAGCUUUGGGUGAAGCAGUUUGUAUUACCAAGAAAACAAAAGUUUUGAAGCCUCGCUAUGUACGAGUUAAUACCAAUUUGCUUAGUAUGGCCGAAGUUUUUGAAAUGUUGGCUACGGAGGAGUGGAGGAAAAAGGAACUCGUCAACUCUGGGUCUUAUAAUGAUUUCUUAGAAGCCUUAACAAAGCUUGAGGAGGAUGAAUAUAUGGUUGACUUGCAUUUAGAGGAUCUGUUAAUAUUCCACUGGAAACAAAAGCAUUACUGGGCUUGUCAUCCCUAUGUAAAGGAUAAAAAGUUUAUGCUUCAGGAUAAAGGGACUAGUCUUGUAGCAGAAUUGCUACAUCCACCACCCGGCGCUUUUGUACUUGACAUGUGUGCAGCACCAGGAAUGAAAACUAUUCAUGUUUCAAAUGUUAUGAAAAAUAAAGGAACCAUUUAUGCUGUCGAGCAAAAUAUCGAACGUUAUAAUUUGCUCCGUAAUAUGACCAAUUUAGCUGGCUGUGAAAUAGUUCAGCCCAUUAACGCAGAUGCGCUGACAAUCGAUAGUAGCCGCUGCCCAAAUGUGGAAUACAUACUCGUUGAUCCAUCGUGCUCCGGAUCUGGUAUGCAAAAUCGGAUGUCUUUAGAUCCAGAUGAAAAAGAUCCUGCUCGUGUAAAACGUCUUGCUGGAUUACAAAUUAAAAUGCUUUCACAUGCUUUAAAAUCAUUUCCUAACGUAAAGCGAAUAAUUUAUUCUACUUGCUCCCUCUUUGAAGAAGAGAACGAACAGGUUAUUCAACGUUGCUUAGAGUCAAAUCCAGAAUUUAAAUUGCUCAGCGGAAAGAAAGCUUUGCGCAAUAAAUGGAAUAAUAUUGGCAACACUAACUACAAAAAUAUAGGGAAAAAUUGCCUUUACACAAGACCAGAUCAAGAUCACGCUGAUGGAAUAUUUAUAGCAAUAUUGGAAAAAAGGCGUUCCAAGGAAAGUGAUGAAUAAUUUAUACAUAUGUAUACAGGAUUAUAAUUAAGAAAAGCAAGUUUAUCUAGGGUGUUCUAGUCUAUACGAUUACGUAGCUCUUAAAAACUUGUUUGAUUUUAAUCUGAUCAAAAAAUUAGGUAUUAAACAUUAAUAAAAUUAUGAUACCUGAAUGGAAUUUUGAGUAAUAGUAAAUAUUUUUUAUGAAAGACCUCGA